AAGUCGUGCAAUAAUUGCACGCUCGCAGUGAUUAUAAUAUUAAAACAUUGAUAACGGGUGCCCUCGGUUGCCAGCCAGUGGUGAGCGGAGUGAGAGUGACUAGAUAAAAAAAAUAUUGUUAUUAUUACCUACUACUUUGCUCAAGGAAACGGAUUAUAAUAAUAAUAAUAAUAAUUACACAUAUCGUUUGUUGCAGUAGUGUUGUACAGUCGACCAACGUUCCGUUGCAACGAAUGUCGCCGUUCACUGUCGCCACCGCCUCCGCCGUUCACAGUUCGCGAUCGACACACCGUGUGCAAUCAUCAUCGCUAUCGAUACACAAACAACAUUUAAGAAUUAUGUUUUUUCGGUAAUGUGUAACGUAAUAUAAAUCCGUCGUCGUCACUCUCGUAACAGCUUCCGUCAUACUCACACACACACACACACAUACACAUUCAUCAUAUUCUACAACUAAGGCACACAUAAUAUACACACACACACACUCACACUCACAACACAAACACAUCACACCACACUAGUUUUGUAAUACCAAAUAUUGUUUUCGAACUUUCGUACUUUUGACCGUCGCGCAGGGUCUGGAUAAACGUGUGCACUUACGUUUUGAACGAAUAACGUUUUUCGUCCGUCCGCCCGCCCGGUGCCAGACACCCAGACGUCUACGUGAACAGCGGCCCGUCGUACACGAUAUACCGCGAUGGCCAAGACUUACGACUACCUGUUCAAGUUGCUACUGAUCGGUGAUUCUGGUGUGGGAAAGACGUGCGUGUUGUUCCGUUUUAGCGAAGAUGCAUUUAAUACGACUUUCAUAUCUACAAUCGGUAUUGAUUUCAAAAUACGAACUAUUGAAAUGGAUGGAAAGAAAAUUAAAUUACAAAUUUGGGAUACUGCUGGCCAAGAACGUUUUAGGACAAUCACGACAGCUUAUUACCGAGGUGCCAUGGGCAUUAUGUUAGUAUAUGAUGUCACCAAUGAAAAAUCAUUCGACAAUAUCAAAAAUUGGAUACGUAAUAUAGAGGAAAAUGCAUCAGCUGAUGUAGAAAAAAUGCUGCUAGGGAACAAAUGUGAACUUAAUUCAGGGCGUCAGGUAUCAAAAGAACGUGGUGAACAAUUAGCAGUAGAGUAUGGUAUAAAAUUCAUGGAGACAUCAGCAAAGGCUAGUGUCAAUGUUGAAGAGGCUUUUCACACUCUGGCCAGAGACAUCAAGACAAAAACAGAAAAGAAACUGAAGGAAGCAUCCAAUCCUCCAAAAGGUGGUGUACAGUCUAGUGGUGGUCACCAUUUAAGAGAUAAUAAUGGAACAAAGAAACUUGGUCAAGGUGGUGGAAGUGCAGCUGCACUCAAUUGGUUGUCAUCAAGAUGUACAGUGCUCUGACCACGAUUAGCAUAUUAUCAUGGUUCAAUUAAAAAACAACAAAUGUACACCUUGAAUACCGUUGUCAACAUGACCGUUAAUUAAAAAAAUUAUUAUAUUAUCUUUUUCUAAUACUAAUAAUUGUUUUUAAUGGAAACUGAAUCUCUCCGGUAUUAUGUAUUUCUUAAUUAUAUGAAAAUACGAACUUCUUUCAUUUUUUUAUACGUACAAUUUUUUUUUAAAUUGUAGAAAGUAAUUAUAUAGGAUAUAUAUUCUUGAUUAAUUAAUUAAAUUGAAAAGCAAUAAUAUUAUUAUUUCAUUUUUAUGAUUUUCAUUUAAUAAGUUGAACAAUUUGUUUUGCAAUAUUUCUGUCUAAGACUUAUCACUAUUUAACUUUUUAAUUGUCUAACUUAUAGGUUAUCAUCGUAUUAUAAUAUAUUCUGUUUUUCAACAAUUUUAUAUAUUAGUAA